UCCUCACAGAUUCCUCAGCCCCCAAAUCCCCCUCCCCCACUCCCUCUUUUAUGUUUUCCCGAGAAAAUUGAAGGAAGGACCUAUCUUUAAUUUUCUCUCUUCCCAAACAGAACCUUACCCCCCUCCCCAACCCUUUUCCAAAGCCGGAGAAUCAAACAAAAUCCUUUGAGCUUUCCGGCGAGGAUCGAAGUCAGCGGAGAAAUGGUGUCACCUGAAAACUCUAAUUAUUGGUCUCACUUCGAUUAUGCAAACUUGAUCGAUGAUAUCCCUGACGGUCCUUAUUCCAGUUUUUCUUGGCCCGCGCAGCCAACCAACGCCCCAUCUAAUGUUGUCAGCGUGGAAAAUGAUGGCUCAUUUGGGGAUUUGGAUGGCCUUAAGGAAUCUGGUUCAAAGAAAAGGGUUAGAUCUGAAUCAUGCAAUCCAUCAAGCUCCAAAGCAUGUAGGGAGAAGUUGCGUAGGGAUAGGCUAAAUGACAAGUUUAUGGAACUGGGUUCUAUUUUGGAACCUGAAAGGCCUCCCAAAACAGACAAGGCUGCCAUUUUGAUUGAUGCUGUCCGAAUGGUGACCCAGUUACGAGGUGAAGCCCAGAAAUUGAAGGAUUCAAAUUCAAGUCUCCAGGAAAAGAUUAAAGAGUUGAAGUCUGAAAAGAAUGAGCUUCGUGACGAAAAGCAGAGGCUGAAGGCAGAGAAGGAAAGGCUGGAGCAGCAACUCAAAACCAUGAAUGCACAACCUAGCUUCAUGCCUCCUGGACCUGCAAUCCCUGCUGCAUUUGCUGCUGCCCAAGGUCAAGCUCCUGGGAACAAGUUGGUCCCUUUCAUUGGUUAUCCUGGAGUUGCAAUGUGGCAAUUCAUGCCACCUGCAGCAGUGGAUACCUCACAGGAUCAUGUUCUCCGCCCUCCAGUUGCCUAAGCUGGCAACCUACAAUGAUUUGGGUUUGCAUUUUGACCCAAACAAGUGUAUUUGUUAUGUCAUUGUUCUGGGCUGUUUUAGAUUUCACUGAAGUUUGCUAACUGGAUUUGUUGGGUGACUGUCAUUGUAUUCCGAUGAUUGGAUGCUGGUAAUCACAUGUAAAUUUAAUAAGUUCAUUGGGCGGCCUA